GGACGAAAGUGGCCGGUGUUUGCUCCUUGCGGCUUUCGGUCCCGCACGUGGGCAGCUGUCGGUGUUCCGACCCAGAAUUCGUUCCUUUUGGCGUGGACAAGCCACACUGAAGGACAGAGUGGCAGCGAAGGCCAGAGGUCGUGAGCUGAUGGAUACUGCUGUUGAAAAUGAAGGGACAUUGGGAGGAGGUCUGCAGAGUGGAGCUGAGGGGGCGCGGCUAAGGCUCGAGUCCGGUAGGGAGCGAGUCCGGGGCACAGCAGGGACGGACGCUGGCAGUGUAGAAGCGGGGAAUGGACAGGCAGGAAUGGAGAAGACAGAGGAUAGAGAAGGAAGUGGACAAACGGCAGAGGAGAUGCGAGUGGACCUAACGGUUGUGAAACAAGAAGUUAUGGACUGGUCGGAAAUGGAAGACGGGAUGCUGGAUGGCCGGUGGGUAAAGCAGGAGGUGAAGGAUGGGCCUGAGGUGAAAGAGGAGAAACCAGGCACUUGGGAGGUGAAGCAGGAGAUGGAUAAUAGUUUUGUGGUAAAAGAAGAGAAAGUGGAUGGAGCAGAGGUAAAAGAAGAGAAAGUGAAGGUGAAGGAAGAGGUGAUGGACUGGCUAGAUGUGAAGGAAGAGAAGAAAGAUAACUUGGAGAUAAAAGAGGAGGUGUUUGUUGCUCAGAACAUAAAAAAGGAGGAAAUGAUGGAUGACGUUUGUGUAAAAGAAGAGAAGUAUUUCCCAAAGGAAGAAGUGAUGGAUGAUCCAAAGGUGAAAGAAGAGCCUCAGAUAAAUCCACCAGUGGGUUUCAAACGGAAACUGGCCAUGUCAAGAUGUGAAACUUGUGGUACAGAAGAAGCAAAGUACAAAUGUCCGCGUUGUAUGCGAUAUUCCUGCAGUUUGCCCUGUGUAAAGAAACACAAAGCAGAACUGACGUGUAAUGGAGUUCGGGAUAAGACUGCAUAUGUUUCCAUACAACAGUUUACUGAAAUGAAUCUCCUAAGUGAUUAUCGGUUUUUGGAAGAUGUGGCAAGAACGGCAGACCACAUUUCUAGAGAUGCUUUCUUAAAAAGACCAAUAAGCAAUAAACAUAGAAAACAACAGUUUUGUUGGCAUGUGAAGCUCCAGUUUCCUCAGAGUCAAGCUGUGUACAUAGAAAAAAGAGUACCAGAUGAUAAAACUAUUAAUGAAAUCAUAAGACCUUACAUUGAUCCUGAAAAAUCCGAUCCUGUAAUUCGUCAAAGGUUGAAAGCCUACAUUCGCUCUCAAACUGGGGUCCAAAUUUUAAUGAAGGUUGAAUAUAUGCAGCAAAACUUAGUAAGGUAUUAUGAACUGGAUCCUUACAAAAGUCUCCGUGACAAUUUGAGGAACAAAGUGAUCAUUGAGUAUCCAACAUUACAUGUGGUAUUAAAAGAAUCCAGUCAUGACAUGGAAGUUCUUCACCAAGUGAAAAGUGAAUCUCCCAAGAACAUUGGCAAUGAAAAUUGAGCACUUCUUCUGGAGGAAGAAGGCGAAAAUUCCCAGACAAUUGCAGAGGACUGACUAUGCAUUGACUAGCUGUUGGAUGACUGGGAUAUUGUCAGUGGGUGGUUGAAAUUUUUUGUUUCUCUGAGAGUAAUUAAACAGUCUAAAAGUUUUUUUGAAAAGGUGUAUUUCCUAGCCUCUUGGAUUGACUUGUAAGGCCCUUAUUCCUAGUAAUAAUCCCUUUUUUGCACCUGACCAGCAUAGUGCUUAUUUCAGUUAGGCCCAGGGUUUUAAUAUGCUUAAUUCCAAGGCUGAAAACUUUUUUUGUUUAGUUUGAUGCAAGACCAAACCCAAGAAUCACCUGUGUCAGCCACAAAGUUGGCAGUUUUGUUGGUAGAACCUCACUAAACAUAAAGGCUGUGUGACACACCAUUUAGCCACAGGAGGACUGACCCAUCGUUGCCCAUUCUUGUCUUUGGGGUUUGUUUGUAACUCACCCUCUUGAGAUGACUGAGUGGUUCUUUUUUACUUGGGUAGCAUCUAGUUCAGUGUCACAUGUAAAGGAUAAAUAAGUACUAUUAACUAUUACUUCUUAUAUUCAGUUCACAAAAUCAAUGGCCUCAUUGUUUGAACCAUCAGUGCUCACAAAUUUGGCUCUCCUUGUUUGCACAGUGAGCUGUGUCUUAUUGUGAAUUCUGUGCCUUUCAUCCCGUUCCCAUUCCACUCUCAUUACCAUACAGGGGUGUUGUGAUGAGCAGAAACAUCCAGCAAUAACUAAAGAAAGAAACACUUGGAACUCUUCAAAGUGUUACUGGAAUGUAUAUGUGCAUUUAUGUACAUACAUGGCUUAAUUUAUACCUUAUGGCAGUUCUGUAUACAUUAUGAUCUCACAUAUUGAAAUUAAAGUUUCCUAGUUUUAUUGGAAUUUACACAGUUAUGAAAUUGCAAUAUGGCUAUAAAAGAGUAAAAGAUUAUUACAUCUGUGUUGCA